AUGACCGUAUUUUCGCGAUUAGUGGCCUUUUCCAACAGGCACCCCGUCGUAAGAGGAAUGUUAAGUUAUGGCACUAUCUGGCCUACUUCCUGUAUUAUCCAACAGACUAUUGCAGGCAAAACCUGGGAGAAUUACGAUUGGGGUCAGGCUCUGCGAUUCAGCAUAUACGGGGGCUUGUUCACGGCUCCUACGUUAUACGCAUGGAUAAGAAUAUCUAGCAAAAUUUGGCCGCAAAGUACACUAAAGAGUUCUGUAAAAAAGGCUUUAGUGGAACAACUUACAUAUGGGCCCCUCGCGUUGAUAUGUUUCUUCUUUGGUAUGAGUCUUUUAGAAGGGAAGAGCGUAGAACAGGCCAAACAACAAGUAUCGGAGAAGUUCUUACCUACGUGGAAGGUGGGUUUCUGCGUGUGGCCGGUGCUUCAAACAGUUAAUUUUUGCUAUAUAUCCGAGAAGAAUAGGGUUCCAUUUGUGAGCGCCUGCAGUCUGGUAUGGUGUUGUUUUCUGGCUUACAUGCACGAAUUGGAGAUGAAGAAGAAAUUACAAAUGCAACCUUUGGAAUUGACUAGUUGA